AACCCGGAAGUAGGCGACACUUCAGAGCUGCAGUUGUACCUGCACGGCUCCUCCACCUGUUUAUCAGCACAUUGUUGACCUCAGUUUGGAUCCCUCUGGAUGUUGAGUGUUCGGGCUCUGUUUGGGAUCGGCGUCCUGGUGACCUCGCGAGCAGCUGCGGUCCUCGCUCAGACAGGGACAUGUCCGCUGUCCGCUGCAGCUAACAACCACAAGAAGGACUGUUUCAGCAGCAGACCGGCAUCCACCAUGGCUCAGACCAUCAAAUAUCUCGGGCAGGAGGAGGCCCAGCACAUCGACGAGGAGCUCUUCAGUGAGUACGGCUUCAGUGUGGAUCAGCUGAUGGAGCUGGCCGGACUCAGCUGUGCCACAGCCAUCACACGGGCAUAUCCAGUCACUUCUCUGGUCAAAGCCAGACCUUCUCUGCUGGUGAUCUGUGGACCAGGUAACAACGGAGGUGAUGGCCUGGUCUGUGCCCGACACCUUAAACUCUUUGGCUACGAGCCGACCAUCCUGUACCCAAAGAGGCCAAACAAACCGCUGUUCCAGGGCCUGACCACACAGUGCCAGAAAAUGGAGAUCCCCUUCCUGACUGAGAUGCCUGAGGCUCAAGUAAUUGAUGAGGCUUACAACCUGGUGAUAGACGCCAUCUUCGGCUUCAGCUUCAAGGGCGCUGUGCGAGAGCCUUUUGGUUCCAUCCUAGACAACCUGAAGAAAACCACAGUCCCCAUAGCCAGCAUCGACAUCCCCUCAGGUUGGGAUGUGGAGCAGGGCAGCGCAGACGGACUCCAGCCCGACAUGCUCAUCUCUCUCACCGCUCCCAAGAAAUCAGCGUCCCUGUUCAGAGGACGCUAUCACUUCCUCGGAGGCCGCUUCGUGCCACCUGGCCUGGAGAGGAAGUACCAGCUCAACCUGCCUCAGUACCCCGGCACGGACUGUGUGUUACAACUGUAGGGGAUUUAAUAACACUGAUCCUGCUGAAGGGUUAGAUGAGGAUAUCAAUAAAACUCUCAUGCCUGUACUUUUAGUAUGAAGUUAGAGCCAGACGGUGACUAGCCUAGCUUAGCAUAAGCUGUUUUCUCGUUGUAUUGGAGUUGCCCUUUCACCUUUGCAGCCCACAACAGGAGAUUGUCUUUCUCAGACACAUUCUCACCUACUGGAAAUACUCUGUUUGGUGGAGACGUCAUCGACAUGCUCACUGUUAAUUCUCAAUCAGACAUAGAAGGUAAAGUCUGUUUAAGGUUCAGUCCAACUGAUUCAGACAUUAAUGUUCUCACUCACAGAUAAUGUCUUGUCAGGGUUGCAGUGUGUGUGUGAAAGCAGCUAUACAGACUGUAAGCAGCUGUUUCCUCCCUUUUUCCAGUCUUUACGCUAAGCUAACCCUAUUAGCUGUUGACUGUAGCUUCAAAAUCAGCGUGCAGACGUGAGAGUAGAGUCAGUCUUCCCAUCUAACCUUUGGAAAGAAAUCAAAUACGCCUGGCUCCCCUAGAUGUUGAAUGGAUCCUUUAAAUCUGAGAGUUUGAUUGCUUCUGAUUGGGUGAAUGAUUGUGGGAGUGAGUUAAAGGCAGUGCUGUAAAUCAUAUAAGGUAUUUGAACAGAGCUUUAUUAGCUCCCUGGAAGAGUUUUCUUCAUGUGAAAGCAAGAAGCUUGAACAUGGUUGCUUCAGCUACAUGAAAAUAAAAAAAAAAAUGGCUGGAAGUUGUAUUGUUGUUAUUCCUGUAACAACAGUCAUUCUUUAAAUUCUACAGUUCUCUAAAAUAUGAAUCAGACAAAUCAGCACGUCCUCUGGUUUUAACCAUCGACAGAAGACUUCAUCUAAUGUAUUUUCAGUUUUUAUUAGUACAUCUUAAGGUUUCAGUGCACAACUAGCAACUGGAAAGACCGUCUAUCAUAAUCCACAUUCUAUUUUAUAAACAACUUUACCGUA